AUGUCGAGGCCACGGUCGGGAUCGCCCAACUAUUCUCACAGGUAAAUAUCUUGCACAUUGUUCAUUUGACAUACUAGUCCAGUGUGUGGGUCAUUAAGAUUACUUGUUGUCUCAACUCAGCACACUGUAUGAAAGGUGCUUUACAAUUAAAAUGUAUUAUUAUUAUUAUUUUGUCAUUACAGAGGUAGCCCGCGGAGGCAGUAUGGCCGGAGGUUCCCCUGGGACGACCCAGACUUCAACCCCCAGCAGGUGCUGGCUGACCUGGGCAGGCUGCCUGGGGAGGAUCAGUGGGCUCGCUUCAUGGACGAGAUCCACCCAGAUGGCCCAGAGGGCCACAGAAGUCCCAUGUCCCCAGACAACCUUCGCCCAGAGGGCCACAGAAGACCUCUCUCCCCAGGCCUUCACAGGCCUGACCACCACCUCCCCCCAGAGGAAUUCCACCAUCGCAGGACCCCACCGGCACCUCACGAGCUGGGCUACGCCGAGCGCAGGAGGCUCUCCCCCCAUGAUGGAGGAGGGGGUGGCAGGGGAAAAGGAAGCGGGAGAGAAGGGCUGCCCCACUCCCCUCAGAGGCUACCCAGAGAGAGGCUGCCAUCACUGGCCCCGCAGCACCCUCAAUACAGUCCUGACCACCACCAGAGAGCGCCCUCUGCAGGCUGGAGAAGAGAAGAGCAGGACCAGAGCCAGGGGAGGUCCAGGGACCGCAGCCCCAGGGAGAGGGUUCAGGGUGGGGAGAGGAGGGGUGGAGAUUUUCCAGGUCCCUAUGGAGACAGGAGGAGAGACAACAUGCAUAAAGAGAGGAGCACCAUCUCUGACCGGAACUGGAAGGAAACUGAUGAAGCGGUGCAUCCUGGGUAAAUUUAUGGCCUAAAGCGAGAGAAGAAGAUUGAAGAGGAGAACCCAGCUUCCUGUUUUUUCUAAGCGCAAACUUCACCCUGCUACUGUGUCCCCUGUGUAAUCAUGUAACAGUAGAGUAGUAGUAGAUUGAAUUGCAUGGCUUAAAAUGCAUCACAUGCUCUUGUCUCUGUGAUCCUUGGAACCAGGUGCUUGCCAUGACUUACACUGUGAUAUACUUGAAUACUUACUAUUAUUACCCGCUGUAAUCUAGAGAGGCUGUGUGCGUCUGUGAUGUCAUAUGGCAUUAUGUUUAUUGCUAAUCAGCUUGCAUGAAUGACUGUUGUCAUUAACCGAUAAGUAAGGUACUAUCUAUUAGCCUAUACAUUUUAUUCAUAUGCUACAUGUUUUCCUAAAUAAAUUGAAAGCUAGCUAUUGCAAAAUCUGUAUAUUUGUUAGGCGUAGUCAGCGUGAUCGUAUGUCCUCAGUCAGUGCUGAACCAUGUCACCUGCUCUUUAUGUCGACACAGGUACGGGAAGGAGGCAGACUUUAGGGUGCGCCGCCCCUCGUUGGAGAGGCCCCGAGAAGGGUACGGAGGAGGAGGGCCACGGGGGCGCAGGGGCACCUCAGGGAGCCACGAUGGCCGGGGUCCUGGAACCCUCAUCGUGGAGCAUGACCAUGGUAUUAUAAACAGCAGCGGGCCAGAACUGUACGACAACCACAGGGACCGUGGCCCCGACCGGAGCCCAAGCCACGACCGAUUCAGUCACCAUCACCACCGGGUCGGAGCCACUGAGGAGCGGUUCAGGAAGUCAGGUAGCAGGUCCAAUACCAGAGAGGAGGCCAGGGGCCGGCUUGUCCAUGAUGAGAGGAACGGCCCUGUCCAUAAAGAGAGGAGAGGCCCUGUCCAUAAAGAGAGGAGAGGCCCUGUCCAUGAUGAGAGGAGAGGCCCUGUCCAUGAUGAGAGGAGAGGGCCUGUACAUGAUGAGAGGAGAGGGCCUGUCCAUGAUGAGAGGAGAGGGCCUGUACAUGAGUCCAGAAGAAGCCCUGACCGUCAUGGGAGAGCCAGCCCCAUGGGCUUCCAGGAUAGAGGUAGUGCCACGGAGCCCAGGGCCAGAAACAGUGUAUUCCGUGGGGCGAGGGGGGCCCCAGCCCAGGGUGGCAAGAGACAGAUGGGGCCCUCCAUGAACCAGCCCCGGCCUCUCCUUCAGGGAACGCAGGGGUACCGACCCCGGGAUGCCAACCCCCAGCACUCCCCUCCGGAGCACCAGGGGUACCAACCCAGGGGAGGCGACUGGGACAUGGAGCCCAGAGAGGAGGAGCCCGGCUGGGCAGAGGUGAGUGACAUGGAGCCCCGCUGGGAGCAGGACCGGGGACCAGGGCCGCGAGGAGGCCGACCGCCAGCACAGGGCAGGAUGGGACCUAGGAAACCUCAGCAUAGAGAUCUCAACCCCAACUGGAACCAACAGCAGAAUGAUAUGGCAAUGCCUCGCAUGGGCGCCGGUGAGGAAGAGACGCUCACCAUCAAGGUGGACAUGAACCGGCCUGUGGGCCAGAACAGGUAAGGUGUUUCCGACAGCAAUGUUUAGGGGUCAAGGGUGAAAGUUCAUGCUUCUUUUCAACGCUCACUGUCGACUGCAGGAAGACAAAGUCAGAAGCCCUGAGAUCAUUGAUAGCUAGAGGGAGGAAGUAUUCUUCAAACUGAUUUUUUUAUUCUACAAAGCAAGGAUUCUACAAGCUGAGGAUUUGUGAUGGGACGCAAUUUAUAUACAUACGUCAAACUAAUCCUUCCUGCUGUGGGGCAUUGCAGUGAUAAACACGGAGAAUUGCCAAACGCCUUCUUACAGCAUUGUCAUUUUACAGCAUUGUCCUUCACAUUCUCAAAAGGUGGAAUCAAUUCAAAACCGCAACUCAUAGAGGCGGCAAGUCGGGAUCUCCCAGAUAACUCUUUUUGUUGCUCAUCAAGAGGGGCAGAACAUGUCAGACCAGCUUCGCAACAUUCUAGAGAACAGAGAUGCCACAGUAGAAGACUACCAACCAUAUGAAUAACCUAAUGGAUCUGUAGUUCUACCAACCCACAUCUCCUCACGGCAGAGGUUUGGCUCAUCAGUUCUUCAGAAAUCUCUCACUCAUCCAAUUUAACAACCCAACAGAAUGUGGCAACUCACAAAUGGAGUGGUUGCAGCUUCCCCACAGUAGCAGCAUCCCUGACAACCAAGAGACCAACCAGCUGACGUGUGAAGAGACGCCAGCAGUGUGUUUGCAGCUCAUCCUUCACAGCUGAAAUGAAUAAAGAGCAAGCAUCCUGCAUGGUGGAACGUGCUGAAGGAGCUCUGGGAGGUAAAGAGUGGAUGGAGAGGAGUGGAGGAGGCACAGUUCUGCUACUCACUACAGCUGAUUGACCUGAGUCUCGGAGGAAAAGGCAGGACCCAUAAAGACAGAAUGGGGAAAGUCUUGGAACUAACCAAACUGAGCACCAAACAACUGCAGAAGAGUCUCCCUGGUAUAGUGAAGGAUUGCCCAUAUACAUGAUGCCCAAUACAUACUAAUAUGGUGUUGGUGAGCCUGAUAAAUGUCAGUCACUGAGCCACUGCAUGGUGCCUUGGUCUUCGGGCUGACUGAAGACGAUUUUGGCUAGAAUAUGUCCUGAACUUCAGGAACAUCAGUUUGAAACAACCAUGUUUUUUUUUCAAUGUCUUGAGAAACACCUGGAAUGAUCAGCUACUCAGAGAAAGACUCUUGUGAAAGGACUUAUUUCAGAAGCACAGUGUUUUUCUGAGCCACUGAGCCAGGCAAUGCCCCUUCGUCCUUAUCCCACUCAGCCAGAGAGGAUGCAUAUGCCAAAACACCAACAAUAGUCAAAAAACUUUCAAAUAGCUUAAACUAGCUCAAACUUUUGUAUUUUAUUCAGACCAAAGGUAAGUCAACAUGUUCUUUCCAUCAUUGACUAUAGUAUUCUGCAGACUUCUAGAGGAUCUUCAUACUUAUCUGUCAAGCAAGCAGGAGAAUAUUAAAUCUUCAUCCAAUGUGUUUAAUCUGAGAUGGACUCAUUCCUACUGAAAUUUGCCAAAGAUUUUAACAACCUCAAGCCGUGUAUUGCCCGCCCUCAAGACCAUACAUUAGCAUGUUCCUGGUUGUUCUUCCUGUCUAAACCCAUGAUGCUCAAGCGUCUCAAGGCCUUCUAAAGGAGAUUCUGAGGCAAACAUGGAUCCAAAUGACCUCAACACUCCCACCACAUAUCUUCAGAAACCUGGGCUCUGUUCUGCAUGGGUCUUACGACCAAACUGGGUUUGGAGUGGACCUGUGUACCUUUCAACAAACAGGUUCACUCAAAGAAAUGGACAAUAAAGCACAGCACAGCACUGCGCAGACCAGACUGUCUGAACGACAACUCAAGGCAAUGAUGUUUCCCUUAAAGCAACCGAAGGCUACAGGUUCUUAGUAUAACUCACUUUGAGCUGUACCAGAACAGAGGACAACACCAGAUGACUACAGGUAAAGACCGGAUGCUAUGGCCUAAGUCAGAGGGACGUGAACAGACCAGGGAGAAUCCAAUCAUUGGAUGGAGGAGCACAGUCAUUAAACACACAGAGAAAUCCACCUUCUGGAUGAACUGAAGAAGGACUGAGUGACCAGCUAGUAAUGGGGAAGAGUAGAAGGCAAUGUGAAUGUCUGGAGAUGACCAGGAAAAGCAGUGGUUGAUGAAUGUCUGGAGAUGACCAGGAAAAGCAGUGGUUGAUGAAUGUCUGGAGAUGACCAGGAAAAGCAGUGGUUGAUGAAUGUCUGGAGAUGACCAGGAAAAGCAGUGGUUGAUGAAUGUCUGGAGAUGACCAGGAAAAGCAGUGGUUGAUGAAUGUCUGGAGAUGACCACCACAUUGGAAAGAGUGAAAAAUACUUUGGGACUCAACACAUGAAAAUAAAGCUUUCAGUUUGACUCCUACAAGCUAUUCCACUAACGUUCAGCAGUUUUUUCCACCGCUAUUGACACUGUGAUACUCAUGGACUAAUCAGGGAGUCAAAGUCAAUCCCACUAAGAAUGUCUCUUCUCCAAGAGGCUCUCAGAACCGUAUGACUAUUGAUGAACUUAUCCAUUUUGCACCAGGGAAACGGAGCUCUGUCAACGCAUUACAACAGCAAGGGAAAACCCAACCCAGUGAGGACUAAGGUAUUCCUGACAGCGAAACUGGACUUGGCCCAGUCAAAAGGCCCCAGAAUUAACACUUUGGGAAGAAGAGGAACUGAAACCUCAAACACAGCCAAUGCAUCAGCCAAUAGUUCUGCAUGGAUGAAUCCUCAUGAAAACACUGAGUAUUGCUCUGAAAAAGGACAUCUCAGAAACCCUCCUGUACUGAUGGGAUCUGUCAGUCUACACUUCAUCUAGACACAACUUGCUCAUGAAAACCACGCCAGCAAGAGACCAUACUGUCCACCUUGGACCAAUCAAGGACCACGAGACUACACUGUCCACUCUGGACCGUUCAAGGACAAGAACUAUACUGUCCACUCUGGACCGUUCAAGGACAAGCGACUGUCAACAUUUCACCAACCAAGGACAAGAACUACGCUGUCCACCAGUCACCACAGGAAGUGAAUCACAGACGUCAAGAAGUUUAUUGACAAGAAUUGCAGAGAUAAUUUUUUUACCAAGCAUGUAUUUUCACCUUUGACCCAUGCCAGUGUCACACUGGCACAGGAAGUGAUCAGGGAUGUAGUGGAGGAUAAACGUUGUUCACACACCUUUUUUUAUUUCAUCAAAAGUGAUGAUACACAUUUUACGCCACAUACACUUUGUUAGCAUUAGUGUUACCCGCCCCACCCGUUAUCUCGACUGGCGUUCAGCGUUUAACUACAACAUCCCUGGAGACGAGAAAUAUCUCUCUCUUCCUAUUGCGUUUCACACCUUUAAACAAUUUGACCUUAUUUGGAUUUAAGUGCCUUUUUGCAAAUAUGUCCAAACCAACAGCUCUUGAUGAUGUACUUAAUCAGUCAUUUUUCCUAAAGCUUUCAAAUGUAAAGGUAAGUGUAGUGUGUUUACAGAUGCCUCGGUCAAGGUAAGGUUGUUCAGUACAUAAUGUUUAGCUACAUUUGAUUUACAUAAGAUAUUCAGUAGGGAACCACUUAACUCCCUUCAACAAUAUUAUUGAAUUCAUAAUAUAUAUGCCGUUUAGCAGACUUAGUCAUGUAUGCCUACAUUUGUUGUUCAGAACAAAUGACUUCGUUCCACCCCAAACUACAGUCUUUACUUAACUCAAACCCUUUCUACAAAUGUUCCAUCAGCCAGCUACCACAGUAAACUAGGUUAGAAGCUACCAGUACUAUCAUUUCAUAGUUAAACCCUUGUAUUCAGGCCUGAUCUCAGAGAGUAAAGCCCCCACCACUUUCUUCCUUUGUUGCUCAUUCCUCCAGCCAGCUGUGCUACUCCUCCGACCGUCAGCUGUCGCUGGAUCUGGUCAACGUGGGCCGCCAGCGCCUAGACUUUCUGCCCAUGCUAGAGCAUUCUGGGACGUACCGGGAGUCCGCAAUGCACUCUGGGACUUUCGCCCAGGAGAUCAUCACCCUGGUGCACCAGGUCAAAGGUUAGGAAACGAAACACAGAAAUACACACAACCUGAAGAUGUGCACGCACAGCCACUUGUGUACACACACACACACACCGCUCAUAGGCACUAAUGUGCCCACUCAGACAGAACCUAUAGAUACUUAUCACAACCUUGAAGGCAAUCAAUCUCUUACUCUUUCUUACUCUUUCUUUCUCCAGAGCAUUACUUUAGGGGUGAUGGCGUGACGCUGAACGAGCGUUUCUCUGGCCCCCAAGAUGGAGGUCUGCCUGAGGAGGAAGAGCAGGAGGAAGAGAGGCCAACUCUGAACAGGUACAUAAACACCUGGUUACUACAGUAAUUUAAUAUCUUUAGAGCUUUUGUUUAAGCCUUCAAUGUGCUGUUUACAAACUGUGUAUUUGUAUUCCUUCCCCCCUCUCCUCCAGGCUGUUCAAUAUGAGAAUGUCAGAGCCUGAUAUGGAACCUGUCUUCUCUAAAGUUGGCCGCAUGCAGGUACAAUAAUGUGUAUAGGGGUUUAUGAUUGAUAUGUCGAUGGCUGGAUGGACUGAUUGGAUCAUGGAUUUAUUGGUUGAUUGAGUGAUGUAUUAAUUGAUGUGUUGUGUGUGAUCAGAGGCAGCAGCAGGCGGUGAGAGAUCCCGGAGACCUGAGACAUGACCUGGAGAGGAGGAGACAGGAGAGGCUGGAGGGAGUGAAGGUCACCAUACCUGGAGGCAGGCUCUCACAGCGCCCCCUGGCUGCCGGGAGGUACUACAACACAGUGAAGACAUGAUGGGGCGUCUUUUGAAUAUUAAAAUGAUUCCUUCCUCCCUUUCUUGAAGUCAUCACUGAUCUAUGGAUCCUUGUGUUUACCCAAUCUGUCAGAUCAGUGAUUACCUUAAGAAGUGGAGGAAGGGUGCAUUUUUACACUUCUCUCUCCCUCUCACAUUCUCUGUCUCAGUGACCAUCAGGGGGAGUAUGGUAGUGAGGAAGACGAGGUUCAAGAGGAACAGGAGGGCUUCUAUUCAGGCCGUUCAGGCCCACCACAGAGAGGGGGGAGGUGGCCCGGAGACAUGGUGAGAACGGUGUGAGGGUGUCUGUGUCUGCAUGUGUUUGUGUGUGUGUUCACAUUUAGUAGGGGUGUGAAUAAAACAGGAUAUUAUCUGUAUCUUUCUCUAAAUAUAUCUUAGACUUCUAACUUCUCUCUCUUUCUCUCUCGCUUUCUCUCUCUCUAGGGGGGUCAGAGGAGAGGGGGCAUGGUUAGACAAGACAUGGGCGGCCAGCGAAGGAACAACUGGCCUCCUAAUAGCCCCGGCAACCGGCCUGGACCAAUGAGACAACAGAACCGCAAUAUUAACGGUCAGUUAGUACCCCAAAACAUAAGUAUGUACAGUGGAUGUAAACCAGGAAACAGGAAGUUAGAAAUUACAGUGUGCUGACAUUCACAGACCUGUUCAGAGAAGCAGAACUUCCCAACCAUGUGACCUCAGUCAUUCACUGAUUGGCUGGCAUGAUUGACAGUUUAAUUCCUAUGACAGUGUCUGGCCUCUGUUUACCUUCCUGUAUGGUUACGUACGUUAGUCAGUCAGUCAGUCAGUCUGUCCAUCUGGUCCCUAGAUCUCAUUUAUGUCUGACCCUGAGCCAAUCAAGUCCUCUCUCCUUUCCUAUAGACCAGUGGUUCCCAACUCCGGUCCUCCAGUAGCCCCAACAGUACACAUUUUUAUUAUAGCCCCGGACAAGCACACCUGAUUCAACUUGUCAACUAAUCAGGCCUUCAAUUAGUUGAAUCAGGUAUGUUUGUCCAGGGCUACAACAAAAAUGUAUGCUGUUGGGGGUACUGGAGGACUGAAGUAGGGAAACACUGCUCUAGACAAUAAUCUUGUCCACUAAUAGGACCAUUACAACCAUAGCUGACCUGCUUCUUAACCUAACACCUAUAUUCACAUGACCUUCUCUCUCUCUUGCUCUCUCACUCUCACAGGUGCCAGCUGGUGA